GGUGAAAGGCUAUAAACUGGGCAUGUUCAUCUGUCGAGGGUUAAUGUUACACGGCCUGCUCUUCGUAAAGCAGCCAACAAUGAAGGCUCAACUAAUCGCGGAGCUGCUUGAAAUAUUCAGUAGGAAACCCACACCUGUUUCCAGUGAACUCAAGGACUCGACUAGCAGCCCGAAUUUUCUUUUCAUUCAAAGUGUCCGCAUAAAGACAAUGAGGAGAAGCUUGCUGAAAACUGAUUGUCUUUCACAGAUGGAACAGGAAUAUUGUUAGAGAUUUUGUUCUUAACUCAGGCUGGGUGGCGUAGAAAUAUCUUGGAUUGUUUUUGUGCACAUCUGAGGAGUUUUUGAAGGUGUCCGCCAUGAAUCCCAUGUGGAAAGUCUAUAAGAGUAAAGUCAUGAAGACCCUCAACCCGGAUAUGGACGAGGAACCGGUGGAAGAGGUCAGUGAUGCGGCUGAAGAUAUAAUACCUAUCCAGACGGAUGAAGGACCCAAUGCGAUGACACAACUGGCCAAGAGAAUGCAGGGAGCCGGAGCCAAAGGUUGGAAAAGUGUUUCGUCUCUAUUCACCCAGGAUGAUGAACACCAACUUCUGGAGGCGGAGAACCAGCCGGCAGCAGAUCAUCCAUUGGCAGUGAAGCCGGAGGAGCCUCCACGACCCAACAAGCGAAACACUGGAUUCUGGGAUAACUUUUCCACUAAGUGGCAUCAGGCAGCUGCGAUGAAGCAAGCGGAGGCCGAGGAGGCGGGAGGAGACGGCAGACAAGAGGAGGAGGAGAGCGGGGCGAGAGCUGAAGACGUCGAACACCGAGAGGAGGAGCAGGGAGAUGGAGGCGCGGGGAACAGCUUCUCCAAGUACACCACACUCGCAGGAGGGAGUGACGACACACCGGCCUUCAAGUGGAACUUUGUGACCAGCAAACUGGCUGAGCUGAAGACCAAAAGCAUGGCCAAGAGCAACUAGCCAACAGUGCUAGAGAACUAGAGAAGGGUUAUCACAGUUCAGACCUCAGGGGCCACAGUGCUUCAUAUGAGCCUUAUCGCACAGAUGUGAUCGCAUUUCACCCGUUUAAACGCAGCGACCGUGACCGACACUGUGGCCUCCUCUGGCCUGGACUGGUUGGCAUUCGUGUGGGAACUGCCGCUUACGGGAAACUCACACAAACGUCUGUUAUUAAAGGUGAUGUGUGUCAUUUUUUUGUGAAAAAAUACUGAAAUUGCAUGCUUCACCUGUAAAACAUCAGGAAAUUAUGAGAGUUAAGUAGGCUAAUAAUAUCUGGAGCAUGUAGAUGAACACUUGAUGAAAAAAGGUAUAGCCCACAAAUAAGUUAAAAUUAAGCUAAUAUAACAACUAUUUUCUUUUUGUCAAGUGAAAUCAGUUCCCUACAAGCACAAUAACACACCCAUAACUUAUUUUUAAUAAUCAUUAUUUUUGCAAGCAUAAAUUACACACUUCACUUAAAAAAGCAACACAGUAAAUUGAUUUAUAGGAAUGAGGUAUGUACUGUAGCAGGGAAUGAUGUCAUAAUGUGCGCAGAUUUAUUUUCAUUAAUUUAUGUAAUAGACAUAAAUCAAUUCCUUACAAGUAGUUGAAGAUUAAGCCCAAUAAUAUAAAGCCCAUCAUCAAGAUGAAAUGUGAUCUGAAAAACCCAGUGGAACAAUCUCACCUCAAAAAAAAGAAUAUAAUAUAUUUUAUAUAAUAAUAUCGUGUACAACACUUUUUGUGUGUAUUUAGCAAUGAAAUUGAUAAAGUUGGGGAAUCUCUCAUUUAAUUUAAUUUUAUUGGGUGAAGGUUUACAGAAUAUGUGUCCGGUGUAGUUUAUGCAGUGUUCUGUCUGUUUCAUAAUGUUUCAUAACUCCUGAAGUGUGUAUUUACACAAUAUCUCAAAGGUGCUUUGUGUCUGCUGUCUGUUCAAAGUUUGUUCUCACAUUGAUUGAUUGAUUUUUUCCUGCUUUGAUGUUUUAUUUUAUGAUACAAUAAAGUUCUAAAAAAAA